CGGUCCAACACACACAAGAGGAACUCAGCAGCUCCACGAGCAGAGGAGCCGACACCCAACCCAGCACCAACGCACGCCGGCCACACCAAGACCAGGAGAGAGAGAGACAAACAUGCGUCCGCCACGGGAUCUUCGACUCGCCGUGCUUCUCCUCUUCUCCGCAGCCGUCCUCCUCUUGGCCGUUCCGGCGGCCAGAGCCCAGCAGGAGACCGAGGAGGAGGAGGAGUUCAGCUACUCGCUGGACGCGGAGAAUGGGCCGGCGCACUGGGGCGACAUCAAGGAGGAGUGGUCCGCGUGCGGCAAGGGCAACAUGCAGUCGCCCAUCGACCUCGCCAGCCCGCGCGUCUCCCUCGUGCGCGGCCUCGGCUACCUCAACCACUCCUACGCCCCCGCCAACGCCACCAUCGUCAACCGCGGCCACGACAUCAUGCUCAAGUUCGAGGGCGACGCCGGGAGCGUGUCGAUCGGCGGCACGCCCUACUUCCUCCGGCAGCUGCACUGGCACUCGCCCACCGAGCACAGCGUCAAUGGCCGCCGAUACGACAUGGAGCUGCACAUGUUCCACGAGAGCGCCCAGGGCAAGGCCGCCGUCAUCGGCGUCUUCUAUGAGAUCGGCGCCCACGACGCCUUCCUCCACAAGCUGGAGCCAUACCUGGAAAUGAUAGCCGAUCGGAGGGACAGGGAGGAGAAGAUGGGGAUGAUGGACCCGAGGGGCGCCAGGGGAAAGGCCAGUGUGUACUACCGCUACGUGGGCUCCCUCACCACCCCGCCCUGCUCCGAAGGGGUCAUCUGGACCAUCGUCAAGAGGGUCCGCACCGUGUCGAGGCACCAGCUGGAGCUUCUCCGGGAGGCCGUCCAUGACGACAUGGAGAAAAACGCGAGGCCCCGUCAGGAGGUGAACAGCAAAGAUAUCAGCAUGUUCCGGCCUUCUCAGCAAAAUAGGCAUUGAUUAUUAGCUAGGGUCGAUUCUCCGCUUAAUUAGUUUGCUGUUACAGCUAUUAUGUAUGUACAUGGUUAUACCAAUUUUUGUACUAAUUCUUUCUACCCAUAUUAGAUGCCUUGCAUCCAGUCACUGCAUAAUAAAGGAGCACGUCCAGUUCAUGUCCA